AUGCCGAGAUACACGGGCUCUUGCUACUGUCGGAAGAUUGAGUAUGAGUUGAACAUCUCGUCGCCGGACGAUGCGCGCACAUCCUUGUGUCAUUGUCGGAAUUGCAAGAAAGCCUUCGGAACCAACUACGGUCUGACAGCCAAGGUCCCCAAAGACGCCAUCAAUGUCGUUCGCGGAACUCCUAAAGAACAUGCGGCAGAUAAUGGGUCCGGGGUCGUGAUUCAUCGCGAGUUUUGUGCGGAGUGUGGAAGCUUUAUUCUAGAAUAUGGGGAUGCCGUCAAAGAACAGUUCCGAUAUCUGUGUGUUGGGUCCCUGGAUGAUCCGGAGGUUUUGCCACCAAAGGGAGAGUUCUUUUGUAGCUCGCGAGCUAGCUGGAUGCCCGAGGUUCCCGGCGUCUUUCACAAGCAGCAGGUCAAAGAAUAG